AUUAAAGCACAUUAAUAGUGACUUCUUCUCUAUUCCAUAUAAGGAGACAAAUCACCCCACAUUAUAUCUUCAUUCUAUUCUAUACUCUUAAACCACUUACAAAAACAACCAGAGUUUUUCUCUCUAUUUUUCUGCUUCCAACUUCCUUCUAAUCUAGGCUAAUUCUAAUCAAUUGGGGGAAAAGAAUGGAGCAAUGCAGCCCUUUUGGGUGGGUUUACUAUAAUGAAGAAGAGGGGAUGAUGGGUGAGAUGAGACAGUACAUAUUGCAAUCAAGAAUGGAGUUAGAGGCAACAGUAAUAGCUGCUCAGGAAGAAAUUAUGAAAAAAGAGGAGGAAUUAAUCCAGAUGAAAGAUCUCUUAAUGAUGACAAUUAAGGAAAGAGAUGAAGCUCAAUCUAAAUCCCAGAAACUAAUGCUGGAAAAGCUGCUGCUGCAGCAGCAAUUACAGCAACAGCAGCAACGACAGCGACAACAGCCGCAGCAAGAAAGCCUGCAGCAACAGCAGCAGCAGCAGAAGUCUGCAGCAGCAGCUUCAUUGUCUAAUACUAACACAACAACUAACUGUUUUUCCACAUCUUCUUCUGAGUGUGAGGAGAGCAGCAUAAUCUCUUCUCCACAAGGAGGUGCUAACUCCCCUGCUGCCAUACAACAACCAGCAUUGCCACCACAAAUAGCAGCAACAUUGGCUAGCAAUCGCCGCCCCUUACCAGAGAAAGGGAAGUUAUUAAAGGCGGUAAUGGAAGCCGGACCACUUUUACAAACACUCCUAUUAGCCGGUCCGCUUCCACAAUGGCAACACCCACCUCCUAGGCUUGACUCCAUUGAAAUUCCACCAGUAACCAUUACUACUUCUAAUUCCCCUAGGAAAAGGGGGUUAGAUAAUUUUGAUUGCUCAAUGAUUUCUUCACCUAAGUACCAAAGGGUUGUUUAAUUUUUAGUAUUGACUUUACUAGUAUUAGUAGUUAGACUAGUACAAUAUAGGGAGUUUGUCAAAGUUUGAUGUUAGUUUUUAGUAACCAAAAAAAAAUCCAUCCUUUUUUUAUUUUUAACACUAAUGAACAUGUAAAGAAAGAUUAGUGUUGAAAUUGGAUGGUAAUUACCUUACCAUCCUAUCAUUUAGUUGGGUUGGUUUAAGGGCUUGUAAAAUAUAGUUUGUCUUAGGAAAAAUUAGGAAAAACAUGUCUUAACUUCUCCCUUGAAAGGGAAAGAAAGGGAGAGAAAGAAAAAUGAUACAAAAUAUCAUCAAAGUCUAACAACCACCUAUUAUUGUUUUGUGGUGGUAGUGACUUUUACUUUUUUUUUUUUUUCUUUUAAUUUUUUUUCCUAAUUAUGGUAAUGUAAUGUAAUUUGCUUGAUACUCCCAUUCAAAGGAGAUUUGGGAGGGGCCCAUCUUGGAUUUAUGAACAAGAUUUGGCUUUUUUUUUCCCUAA